CGGCUCGGGCAGCUUCGGCGCCCAGCCCCGCCAGCCUGGUCUGGGGAGGAGGCAGGGAAGAGAUACUUCGCAUUUACUGCAACCAACAUUACCAACUGCUUCUUACACACUGGUAAACUGCUGGGCAUGCAUGCUUAAAUUCAGCACAUAAAGAACACUGGGAUGGCUGCAUCCAGAUAUGCAAUGCGAAUGGUCCAUUCUGGCAAAUUAGUUUCACCAUGGGAACUUCAGAUAAACAGAAUGGCUAGUUUUAGCCAUGCAUGGUGCAGAGGCAUAGCCUCAGAUGUUGCUGCCAGUACACCUGCUGCAAAUACAGUGGAAACUCUUGGAAAACUUUAUGUCUUGGAUAACUACAGCAAUAUCCCAAAAAAGAUUCUUUCAAAGGUGGGGAAAAACUUGCACAACCAAAGGCAUCACCCUUUGUGGCUGAUUAAAGAGCGUGUGAAAGACCAUUUCUACAAGCAGUAUGUGGGACGCUUUAGGGCCCCGUUGUUUUCAGUGUAUGAUGAUUUGCCUCCAGUGGUCACAGUAGAACAAAACUUUGACAGACUGCUUGUUCCACAAGACCAUCCAAGCAGGAAGAAAGGGGAUAGUUACUACCUGAAUCAGACACACAUGCUAAGAGCGCAUACAUCUGCACACCAAUGGGACCUCAUGCACUCUGGACUGGAUGCCUUUCUGGUUGUGGGAGAUGUUUACCGUCGUGAUCAGAUCGACAACACCCACUAUCCGGUCUUCCACCAGAUGGAAGGAGUCCGACUCUUCUCCAGCCAUGAGCUGUUCAGUGAUGUCAGUGGUGAAGAAAAAUUUUGCCUGUUUGAACAAGGCCAUCGUACACCACACAAGCAAGCGAUGCACACCAUGGAAGCAACGAAACUUGUGGAACACAGUUUGAAACAGGCACUGACAAAACUGGUGGUUCAUCUCUUUGGUGAUGCACUUGAUGUUAGAUGGGUGGACUGCUACUUCCCAUUUACUCACCCUUCCUUUGAGAUGGAGAUCAGCUUCCAAGGAGAAUGGAUGGAGGUCUUGGGCUGUGGGGUCAUGGAGCAGCAGCUAGUUAACUCAGCUGGUGCAGAGAACAAAAUUGGCUGGGCGUUUGGCCUGGGAUUGGAGAGGCUGGCCAUGAUCCUCUAUGGAAUUCCUGACAUCCGUCUUUUCUGGAGCAAAGACGAACGUUUCCUGAAACAAUUCCACGUGCCUCAUAUUAACCAAAAAAUACAAUUUCAGCCAUUCAGCAAAUAUCCUCCUCUGAUCAACGAUAUCUCUUUUUGGCUGCCCUCUGAAAAAUACUGCAAAAAUGACUUCUAUGAUUUAGUCCGAACUACUGCAGGAGACUUGGUGGAAAAAGUUGACCUCAUAGAUGAAUACAUACAUCCAAAGUGGACCCUGGUUUUCCUUAUUCUAACUGAACGAAAACACGAAUGCAGAGCUGAUGCUUGAUCCAGACAGCAAAUCCAGACAGAAUCCAAUGUCAUUUUGAAAUCAGACUCAGAGGCAGAAGCCAUAGAUUUAUUUACUGCUCACUGUUUCUCCUCAAUCAAAGCUCGUUUGGGGGCUAGCAACCUCACCUUGACCAUAUGUUAUUUCCAGUGUUAACACCCAGGUGUAAUGCAUACAGAUGGAUAUAAUAUGCAGUGUGGGAAGAUGUGUGGUGCUCUAGUUGAACUCUUACUUAAUUUGUUAAGUCUAGGCUGCUGUUAGCUGCUUUUACAUGCAGCACAACACUGGUUGUCCUCACCCACAGUUGAACUUUACUCUCACCCAUAAAAUGCAUUUAAAAUCCAUUUACAGUCAGCAAACAUAAAGAAUGCUAGUAUUCAAUAUAUUCUUGGUGACUACUUGCUUUUUUUUGCUCAGUUUAGGGCCCCAGGUUUUCCCAAAGUUCACUCUAACCUGGAAUAGAAACACAACCCCAACUCCUAUAAUCCAGAGUUAUUCAGAAAUAAUGCUCAAAGGCAGAACUCAGGAUUUUCUUUGGAAUGCUCACUCUUUCUCUCCAGCCAAAGCUAGUUUCAAGCAUCCAUAGACAUAGAGGUAGCCAGAUUUUCCUAACUCUGUCCUGAAGCUUAACCUCAACCCCAACAUCAAUUUAUAUCCUCAUUUGUUCAGAUAGCAUGCGGAGUGGGACAGUAGGAAGAAGAGAGGAGAGGGAGAAGACUAGUGAAGAAGCAUGGAUGGGAGAAGAGCGAGCAAUAGCUUUCCAAGAAGGAUAAACAGCAAAUGAGUAAAGGCUGUGUUAUUAGAGCAAUAGCAGAAUCCUUUAUAUAUAUAUAUACUCAAAAGUAAGGCUCACUGAAUUCCAUGGGUCCUAUUCACAGGGAAGUGUGCAUUGCAUUGCAGCCUGAGACUAUUCACUGCUAAUUUUUUUACAACUUGGUGCCAUCCAGAUGUUUUAGACUACAACUCAACAGCAUUGACCAUUCUGGCUUGGGCUGAUGCGAGUUGAAGUCCAAAUCAUUUGAAGGUCACCAAACUGGGUAAUGCUGAGGCUUUUAGUCAUAUAAUCAGAUAAGGCUUUUGUGCAAUUGCCUUGCCUCGUUCACUGAAUAUUACACUGACUUCAAUAUGUAUUCUUAGUGUGUUUUCCCAUCAUUUUUCAUGCUUCCUUGUCAAAAUAAAUAACUAAAAGUAGUACUUUGGAUCUGUAGUACUAGGAGAGUUCCAUUUGGAAGCACCCAUUCACCUUAUGAGGUUACAUUACAUGCAAAAGCAUUCAGGGCAAGUUCUGCAACUUAUUUCCAUCCUAAGAAACAAGGGCGCAGAAUGUUGUUCACCCCAAAGACUACUCUGGAAGCGAAAGGGAGUGGGAGCAAAAAUACAAAAACAAGCAAGCCACCAUAUUGUGCCUUAAAGCUCUAACUGCUCGGAAUGAAGUUUUUGGGGAGGCAGUUCAAUAUUUCUAAUGGGGAGAAAUUGCACAAAAGCCACACAAACCCUUCAACUACAUAUUCUUAGGGGAAAGGAGGUGAGACUAUCUGGAACCCCUCCCCAAAGGCUGGAAGGGGAGCCCCAGGGAGUGUGCAGUGCUGCACCCUUGCUUUAAAGCAAUGCAUGGUAAACAUUCACUCCCAUAGCACGGCUUUCAUCAAGGGAGUGUGUGUCUGAUCUCACCAGCAUCUCGGUGGCUUAGUUAAUUUGCCCUUCAGCCUUUGUCAUUUGCAAUCAGAUGUUUGGGUUACAAUGCUGGGAUAAAUGGACCAGUGGCCUUCCUUUAAGUUUCUUUUUUAUCCUGUGGUAGGGAAUAAUGGAAAGAAGUCAACAAUGUACCUCCCUCUCUCUCUCUCUCUCUCUGUAGGUAGUGUGAGACAUGAUUUAAUGCUGCAUCAUGUGGCUUUGAUGAAUGAUUAAAAAAAAAUUAGCUGGCACAGCUGGAAUAUUUCAUUCUUAAUUAUCGCUGUUAUAUAUUAUUAAUAAAGGUGUUUACUUGUCA